AUGGCUGAGGUACACAAUACGGUAGGGGAUGUGGAACCCUUAAACAUCACCAUUUCUGCUAAGUAUGUCCGACCAUUGACACUUUCGCUGGUGUACCGUUUGCCUAACCAGAUUCUGACCAAGAUUUCAUUCUCAUAACCGAAUUGUAUAGAGCCAGCGAGAAGAAGGACGUCCUCAUCGUUGCGAAUUUUAAUGCUGCCUUAAUCUUAUUUUUACCCGACCGACUGCCAUUAGGCUCAAGCGACCACAUUACGCUGUACUUCAAGUAUUCACUGUUUUUCAAACCAAUUUUGCCGGAUAGGUGGGAGAAGAACAUUUGGAAAGAGUGCUAUUCUCUCAUGAGGAGAGAAUUGUAGGCGGUAUCUUGGGAGAUAGAACUGUAUAGUGGAACAAAUGACAAUCGGAAGACCCUCAGCUCCUUACUGAGAGAGAUUGUUUACUCCAACCGUCCCCUCAGAAGGAAGGCAGUUGCAAACCGUCCAAGGUGGAUAAACUCAAACUUGAAGGCCCCUUUCAAAAAAGAAAUCGCUUUUGGCGGGUUUACAGACUAACAGGCUCCGAAGAACAGUUACAGGAAUAUAAGCAACAGUGCAACAUAUGCUAGAGUGAUGUUUCCAAGCUGUGAAGAAAAUCCGAACUAAACAGACUGCAAAAUCGGUUGGAAUACCCGAAAAUGCUACAUGGUUAUAUUCGAAGUACUAAAAGAGCUCAGGAACUCAUCCCUGCCCUUAGGUCUGCAGAUAGAAAUAUGCAGACUGAUGACCAGGUUAAAGCGUCCCUCCUUUCUGUUUUUUUCAGUCCAUCUUCGUCGGAGAACCUUAUUCUAUAUUUGCCCCUUUACGCGUUCGCCAAUCAAGGUCUCCUCCUAAUCCCAUUCCCCUCUUACCCCUCCCUACCCCCCUCAAUCGAGGAGCCUCACUUUACAUCGGCUAUAGUUAGAGUCGAACUAGUCUGAAUGAAGCCUGCCAAAUCGUCUGGCCCAUAUAUAAUUCCCGCACGAGCACUGAGAGAACUUGCUACUUAACUGCGCGUGCGAUUGUCUAUAAUAUUUUAAAAGUCAUUUAAGGAAGGCGAGCUCCCACAAGAAUGGAAGUGCGCAUUCAUCACCCCGAUCCAUGAAGGAAGUUCACUCCUUGGUUGCGAUAAUUAUGGGCCCGUCGGUCAUACUUACAUCGCACUUAACAUAAUGGAGCGCGUUAUCAAAACACAUCUUAUUAAAUACCUAUAAAAAACAAAAUGUCGUGUGAUGCCCAACACGGACUUCGCCCAGGACGCUCAUGCCUAACGAGUGUUGUAUACUUGCACGAGAAAUGGAUAAGAGCCACAGACAUGAGUUAUCUAGUAGACGUCAUAUUUUUUGACUUCGAAAAGGCUGUUUAGUGUCCCACACAGACUUCUUUUAUAGAAGAUCUGGGAUGAAGGGACUCAAGGAAGAAUGUUUAAAUGGAUCAGGAGUUUUCUUGCCUCCAGAGUAAAAAGAGUCGUCGUUGGUAACUCUACCUCGAAAUGGGCAAAGGUGGAAAGUGGUGUCCCACAGAGUUCUGUUUUAGGCCCAGUACUUUUCCUGAUUUAUGCUAAUAACUGCAUCAGCGAACUGGAAUGCAAGGCCCUCAUGUUCGCCGACGACAUAAUAAUAUGUAAUGAAAUGAAGUGCAAUGAUGACGCAAAGAACUUCCUGUCGAACUUUCACAAACUAAGUGCUUGGUCAAACAAAUGGCUUUCAAAAUUUAAUGUUUCCAAAUGCGUAGUCCUACACUCAAACACCGGCCGAAAUGCCUCUCCUAAACAUCAGUACUACAUUAACGGGGUGGCGUUAGAAACUACAGAAAGACAAAGAUCUAAGUUUAUAGACGACCACAAAUCUAAUGCCAUCGGAUCACUGUAGAAAGAUAGUUCAGAAGGCAACUAGUACUCUGCACUGGAUCAGACGUGCAUUUGAAAUAUUUCCUCCCGAACUUUUUGGAAGACUUUUCGGUGUCUUUGUAAGACCCCACCUGGAAUAUGAAAUGCUAGUAGUUUCGCUAUGAAUGAAGAAUGAUAUUGACAUACUCGAAUAAGUGCAGCACAGAACAAAGAAGAUGAUCUAUGACCUAAAGCGCUUGUUGCACCAGGUGGGACUGAUUUUUUCUGACUUAGUCCCUCUAUCCAAUAGGUGACUAAACUACAGUCUACUCUGGACAUUUCGUACUGUCUCUGUCCAAGGUUGUUCACCGAGAAUGGAGGAGUUUUUUGAGUUUGUCAGUACGAGCCAGUUACUCGGCCAUCAUUACAAAGUCAAGAGCGAACGCACGCGGCUAGGCCGUAGGAAGUUCUCCUUCAGCCAACGGGUUGUCUGACCAUGGAACUCGCAGCAAUAGGGACUUGAUAUCCCCGUGGUUAGGGGUUUAGAGAGGACCUUGAGUACUACAUCUGAUUAGGGGUGUUUGCAUUAGACUUAAUCUAGUAUUAUUCGGUAUAUACGGCAGACGGGAAACAGACACGCAUUUAUACUGCAACUGGAUCAUAUCUUGUUGGGAAUUAGCCUGUUGUAAGAAUAGGGUGAAAAAAUAAAAAAACAAGGUCGGAUGUGAUUUGGUAGCCCCACCCGAAAUAAUCAAACACCAGCCACAUCUAACACGGGACCGGUUGUAAUAGGGGUGACGACUGGCACGAUUUGCAUGUUUAAAAGAAAACUUGCUCCCGCAAUUUUCAACAACGAUCGACUUACAAUGUGACUACUGACAGCCAGCCUUGUAAAACAAUCUGUCAUACUCAAUCUCUCCGUACUGACUCGCAGUGGACGGAUUUGCUCCCAUAUUAUUCAUGUUUUAUUGUGAACCGAUAACAUCCUUAAUGUUUUAAACUUUAUUUUGAGUUCGAAUAUGCGGAAAUAAUUGUAUAUAACUAGGGUCACCAAGGGCUCUGCUUACAACCCUUCAAAUUCAAAUACUGCUACGAGACCAUUUGCAUUAUUUAAGUCAGUUAAUUAAGGGAAUGAGGGUUUCGCCCUUGAGCUCCCUACUCAUAUCGAUAAACAGAAAAAAAAUCAUCAAUUACGUCAGCAAAUGCGGAAAUUAAAAAGUUAACGGUAAGUGUGAGCCAGCCGCAAACUGCCGCCGUUAAAACAAUCGUGAUUAUAAGUACAGUAGUUUCUCAAAAAAUGGGCAUCCAGUCUACACUUAAAGGACUCCACAGUUUCGGAAAGAACCACCGCAUAAGGGAGUCCGUUCCAUGCCCCAAUGACACUGAGAGAGAAGGCGUUCCGUCGGACGUCCGAAUGAGUCAGCCUCCUCUGCAGUUUGAAGGGAUAACCACGCAGACGGUCAGUCCCGGCCAAUUCGAAGAAUGCAUCAAAGUCUAGGGCGCACUCACGGUCUCUGACACUAUUGUAGGUUUGAAUGAGAUCACCGCGCAGUUUUCAGUAACUUAGAAACAGAUUUGGUUCGGUCAGCCUGGUUUCGUAAGUCAGAUGAUGAAGAUUCUUGACCAUCUUCGUAGCCAUCGCCUGUACUCUUUCUAGUCGUUGAUAAUCUUUCUUCAACCACGGUAGCCAGGCCUGGACUGCACACUCUAAGUGGAACCGGACGAAUGCCCCAUAGGUUUUCCGAACAGCUUUUUAUCGAUCUGCACAAAUCCUCGCCUCAGCACAAACAACAUCUUUAUCGCACUUUUGGCUGCCCUUUGACACUGUGAUGAUGUUUUCAGCAAGGAGGUCAUUAGGACGCCCAGGUCUAACUGUUCCUCAACAUUUGAAAGGGGCUGACCACCAAGGACGUAUCGAAAGGAAUCGUCCUUCUUACUGGUCAUUUUGGUACGGAGUCUCAGGAACACACAUUUGUCCACAUUAAAAUUAAGGAGGCAACGAUCUGACCAACUGUUCAGGCAGUUGAGACUGUCUUGAAGCGCGUACCUGUCUGCGACAGAUCUGAUGGCUCUCCACAGCCUAACAUCGUCGGCAAACAUGACGACUUUGCAUCCUAGGUCGUCGACGCAUUCGUUAAUGUAAACUAGGAAUAGCAACGGCCCUAAGACUGAGACCUGCAGUAGACCACUUAGAACGGGGUAGGAGUUGACCUUGAGGCCUCAAUGUACACGGUUUGUGAUCUCCCGGUAAGAAAAUCUGUUAUCUACGUCAGCAGCCUUCCUCUUAUCCCAAUUUCGGAAAGUUUGUAGAUCAGGCGUUUGUGUGGGACACUGUCGAACGCUUUCGUAAAGUCUGUGUGAAGUCCUCAGGCGGUCGAGUCUGGGCGAGACAAAUCUCCGAAUAGUGGACGGAAAAAUUAUACGCGUCCAGAGGCCAUUCCUCUGGAGAAAGUCCAUAACUCUAACAGCUUAGGAGUGAUGGAAAGCAGUUCAUCCCGAUCAGCUCCGACCGGCUUUUGCAUUCAAUCCCAAGAAAUGGACAAACGCCAGUAUGCCGGAGUUGCUCGUGCCAAAUUGAGAUUUUUGUAUACCAAUGCUCAAAGUCUCGUUUCGAAAAUCCACGAACUCAAAGCGAGAGUACCGGAACAAAUCCCCGACGUCAUCGCCAUAACGGAAACUUGGCUUAAUGCCGAAAUCAUGGAUGCUGAGAUUUCGAUACCGGGUUACCAGCUCUUUCGUAGAGACCGUCAAAAUAGACAGGGUUGAGGGGUAGUCGUAUAUGUAAGGGAAGGAAUUUCAGCAGUUGAAAGAGCCCACACCCUAUCCCUUGAAUAUGAAUCCGUCUGGAUAAAGAUAAAGAAGAGCAAUGCACAAAAUCUAGAAUUUCUGGCGAUUUACAGGCCACCAAAUCUUCUGAGUGCAGCUGAUGAGUCGCUCCUUGGUUUAGUCAAAGACGUAGCUAGCCACCACGAGGUACUUAUUGCUGGGGAUUUCAACGCACCUGCAAUAGAGUGGGGAAACUAUGGCAGUUAAUGGUGGACCAGCCUCUUUCAGCAAUAAGCUACUGGACCUCACACUCGAUCUCCCUCUGGCGCAACAUGUGAAGGUACCAACAAGAUUUCGAGAGAACCAGAGAGCAAAUUGUCUAGACCUAGUUUUCACUAAAGACUUCUCUAGUAUCGACGAAGUGUAUUCCAAUGCACCUCUCGGGAAAAGUGACCAUGCCACGCUAUUAUGGGAUUACUCGCUCUUUUCUCAACGCCAGAAGAGAACAGGAGGCCAACCUAAUAUACGGAAGGCAGAUUUUAACACGAUGAAGAACGAAUUGCUGUCCGUGAAUUGGGACCAAAUAUUCAGGGCAGAUCCGGAGGACGACUGGAGAUCUUUUAAAACGAUUUCACUCGAUCUGAUUAGGCGCUGUUGUUUACCUAAAGUACAAAAAACAACUAGUCGACUGCUUGGUUAACUAGGGACCUUAAUAGGCAGCUACGGAAGAAAAGCAAAAGAUGGAAAAUAUUCAGGGAAACUGCGUCACCAGCGCAUUUCCAAGAAUUUCGUCGCCAACGAAACGCCGUCAAAAAAUGUAUCCGUCAGGCACGGAAGGAGUAUGAAUCCAAAAUUAUACGACAGGCUGAACAGAAGCCUAAGAUUUUAUUUCACUAUCUUAACAGGAGACUGAAAAAUAAGGAUCCGGUCGCGGUGCUGAAGGAUGAUGAUGAUGGUGUAGAGAUCAUUGAGAACAACGAGAAAGCCGAACACUUAGGACAGUAUUUUGCCUCCGUUUUUACUAGAGAAACAGAGUUUCGCUGUCGCAGUGCCGGCAAUGCUCUUGAGACUGUUGGUCCCGUGCUUGACUCCAUACUCUUCCCGGCAGCUGCCGUGGAAAGGGAGCUGAAAAAUCUCAAAGAAGCAAAGUCCUCGGGUCCGGACAAUAUACCGGCCAAAUUCUUGAAGGAACUGGCGAAUGAACUUUCCAAACCACUGGCGCACAUCUUCCGCUCGUCAUUCGAAUUAGGGAGGUUGCCAUCGGAAUGGAAGACAGCAAAUAUCUUUCCGAUAUACAAGGGCGGCGCUCGCACUAAUGCUAACAAUUACCGGCCUGUUAGUCUAACCUGCAUCUGCUGUAAAAUAAUGGAGGCCAUAGUUAAGAAAGCAACUAUGGGGUUCCUGGAGCAGGGCCAUUUAAUCUCAGACCUGCAGCACGGCUUUAGACAGAACCGCUCGUGUCUUUCCAGUUUAUUGCUCUCGACGGAGCAGUGGACUCGCGCACUGGAUGAGGAUGGGAGGGUUGAUGUCAUAUACACAGACUUUAAGAAGGCGUUCGACAGCGUCCCACACAAACGCCUAAUCUACAAACUUUCUGAAAUUGGGAUAAGAGGAAAGCUGCUGACAUGGAUAACAGAUUUUCUUACCGGGAGAUCGCAAACCGUGUGCAUUGAGGCCUCAAAGUCAACUCCUACUCCCGUUCUAAGUGGUGUACCCCAGGGCUCCGUCUUAGGGCCGUUGCUAUUCCUGGUUUACAUUAACGACUGCGUCGACGACCUGGGAUGCAGCGCCAUCAUGUUUGCUGACGAUGUUAAGCUGUGGAGAGCCAUCAGAUCUGACGCAGACAGGUACGCGCUUCAAGACAGUCUCAACCGCCUAAACAGUUGGUCAGAUCGCUGGCUCCUCAAUUUUUAUGUGGACAAAUGUGUGGUCCUGAGACUCCGCACCAGACAGACCAGUAAGGAGGACGAUUCCUUUCAAUAUGUCCUUGGUGGUCAGUCCCUUUCAAAUGUUGUGGAACAGAAGGACCUGGGAGUCCUAAUGACCUCCUCGCUGAAACCAUCUUCACAGUGUCAAAGGGCAGCCAAAAGUGCGAUAAGGGUGUUAUUUGCGCUGAGGCGAGGAUUUGUGCAGAUCGACAAGGAGCUGUUCGGAAAAACCUAUGGGGCAUUCGUCCGGUCUCACUUAGAGUAUGCAGUCCAGGCCUGGCGACCGUGGUUAAAGAAAGAUUAUCAACGACUGGAAAGAGUACAGGCGAUGGCUACGAAGAUGGUCAAGAAUCUUCAUCAUUUGCCUUACGAAACCAGGCUGACUGAACUAAAUCUGUUUCCUCUAAAUUACAGGCAACUGCGCGGCGAUCUCAUUCAAACCUACAGGAUUGUCAGAAGCCGAGAGUGUGCUUUAGAUUUUGAUGAAUUCUUUGAAUUGACCCGGACUGACCGUCUGCGUGGUCAUCCGUUCAAACUGCAAAGGAAGCGGGCUCAUUCGGACGUCCGACGGAACGCCUUCUCACACAGGGACAUCGGGGCAUGGAAUGGACUCCCUGAUGCCGUCGUUCUUUCCGAAAGUGUUAAAUCCUUUAAGUGCAGACUAGACGCUCACUUGUUGAGAACCUACUGUACAUACAAUCAUGAUUGUUUUAGCAGCGGCUGUUUGCGCCUGGCUCACACUUACCGCUAACUUCUUAACUUUUCGCAUUUGCUGAUGUAAUUGAUGACUUUAUUUCUGUUUAUCGACAUGAAUAGGGUGCUCAAGGGCGAAAGCCUCAUUCCCUUAGUAAACUGACUUAAACUGACUUAAACUGACAUCGACCCUACCACCCUCGUCCAGUGCGCGAGUCCAUUGCUUGGUCGACAGGAACUUCAUUGUUGCUUUCUUAACUAUAGCCUCCACUAUUUUACAGCAGAUACAGGCGAGACUAGCAGGCCGGUAAUUGUUAGCAUUAGUGCGAGCCCCGCCCUUGUAUAUCGGAAGGAUAUUUGCUGUCUUCCAUUCCGAUGACAACCUCCCUAAUUCGAUUGGCGAUCGGAAGAUGUGUGCCAGUGGUAUGGAGAAUUCAUUCGCCAAUUCUUUCAAGAAUUUGGCCAGUAUAUUGUCCGGACCCGACGAUUUUGCUUCCUUGAGAUUUUUCAGCUCCCUUGCCACGACAGCUGUCGGGAAGAGUAGAGAGUUAACACGGGACCAGCAGUCUCAACAGCAUUGCCUGCACUGCGACUGCAAACUCUGUUUCUCUAAUAAAAACCGAGGCAAAAUACUGUCCUAAGUGUUCGGCUUUCUCGUUGUUCUCAAUGAUCUCUACACCAUCAUCAUCAUCCUUCAGCACAGCGACCGGGUCCUUGUUUUUAAGUCUCCUGUUAAGAUAGUGAAAUAAACUCUUGGGCUUCGGUUCAGCCUAUCGUAUAAUUUUGGAUUCAUACUCCUUCCGUGCCUGACGGAUACAUUUUUUACUGCAUUACGUUGACGACGAAAUUCUUGGAAAUGCGCUGGUGACGCAGUUUCCCUGAAUAUUUUCCAUCUUUUGCUUUUCUUCCGUAGCUGCCUAUUAAGGUCCCUAGUUAACCAAGCAGUCGACUAGUUGUUUUUUGUACUUUAGGUGGACAACAGCGCCUAAUCAGAUCGAGUGAAAUCGUUUUAAAAGAUCUCCAGUCGUCCUCCGGAUCUGCCCUGAAUAUUUGGUCCCAAUUCACGGACAGCAGUUCGUUUUUCAUCGUGUUAAAAUCUGCCUUCCAUACAUUAGGUUGGCCUCCUGUUCUCUUCUGGCGUUGAGAAAAGAGCGAGUAAUCCCAUACUAAAGUAGUAUGGUCACUUUUCCUGAGAGGUGCAUUGGAAUACACUUCGUCGAUAUUAGAGAAGUCUUUAGAGAAAACUAGAUGUAGGCAAUUCGCUCUCUGGUUUUCUCGAAAUCUUGUUGGUACCUUCACAUGUUGCACCAGAGGGAGAUCGAUUGGGAGGUCUGGUAGGUUAUUGCUGAAAGAAGCUGGCCCACCGUUAAAUGACGUAGUUUCCCACUCUAUUGCAGGUGCGUUGAAAUCCCCAGCAAUAAGUACCUCGUGGUGGCUAGCUACGUCUUUGACUAA